UCCCGCCUGGGUUGUUGCUAUGCAAAUAAUAUUCCAAACAUAAUCACGUGUCCUUUGAAGAGCCACGUGGGUUAACAAAACAGGUUAACCCCCCUGCCUGUUUCAGAUUUUUUUUUAAUUCUAUUUCUUUAACUGAUCCUAAACGCACACAUUUACCCGAACGCAUAGCUCUUUAAUCCCAUGGAAUAAUUUACGCCGUGAAUGCCGGAGUCCCCCAGGAUGGUCCCUUUAUAAGGGGACGGCUUCCCCUGAAAAUUCAGUCUGUUUCAUCUGCCAGCAGACUUUCACACCUCUCUAAUUUAACGCUGAACUCAUUUUUUGGACUUUUCCUCUGAUAUUCGUCCAUGGCAUCAAAGAUGAAGGACAGGAAGAGAACUCCAAUUUCCCACAAAGUUAUUGAGAAAAGAAGGCGGGACCGCAUUAACCGUUGCCUAAACGAACUGGGAAAAACCGUACCAAUGGCGCUGGCUAAGCAGAACUCUGGAAAACUGGAAAAAGCUGAAAUCUUGGAGAUGACUGUUCAGUACCUGCGAGCUCUGCACUCCGCGGAUUUUCCCCGUGGCAGAGAAAAAGGAGAGCUGCUGGCUGAAUUCGCAAACUACUUCCACUAUGGAUACCACGAGUGUAUGAAGAACCUGGUGCACUACCUGACCACGGAGGACAGAGCCGAGACCAAGGACAUCAAGUACGCGCGGAUCCUCGCCUUUUUACAGUCCAAGUCUCGCGCGGUCACCGAGCCCGUAUUCGGCUCCGUGGGCUCGAUGUCCGACCCACCCGACUAUCUUGGCCACCUGCACUCCUCCCCGGAGCACCAGAGCCAUAGCCCCUCGGACUCAGUGUACCAGCAGAGCCCAACAGGACACUUCUCAUGGCACGGCUCCGGACGCAGUCAGGGCAUUUCCUAUCCUGCGGUGCCGCUCUCUGCGCACACGCAGCAGCACGGAGGAUACUUGUCGCCGGUGCAGGGACUCGAUCACCAUUACUUCAACUUUAUAGGUCACACGCACGCAAACACGUUCAGUUUGCAUAGCGCUCAGCACGCCAUGUAAAACAAAUUAGCUCUAUUUUAACUUAUGUUUUUUUUUAGAUCAUGUAAAUACAAUAUGAAUAAAUACACUAUUUCUCCCUAAAAUCUGUGUCUGUUAUUUUAUGUGUUAGAGGUUGGAUUCUACGUGCGAAAAAUCCUCAUAAUAUUUCAUUUAGCCUAUAUUGCAAAGAGGUGAGAUCAAGUCUGCAAACCUACAAAUUGUUAUCACUGAACCAGCGCUUUGACCCGCUUAUUACCAGAACUAAAGGUUAAGUAGAUUCUUUUGAUUUUCAGGCUGAGUUAGAGCAUCUGCCCUCUUUCCAAGUUAGGCAAUUAUUUAGUCUGACUGCGCGGUUUUUACAGUGUAAUAACAGUAAAGGGCAGCAAAAAGUGCCUGCGUCUGAGCCGAAGGUACUGUAUAAAGAGGAUUCAACUUGUAUGAGCCCCGAGGCAGAAUUUCAUUAACAACUUUCAGCUAAUCCUGCCCCAAAUGUCUUGCACCUGCAUGGGAGAGUUGGAUAGAGAUUAAUGUUUUGUUCGCAGGAUCAGGUACCUCAGGACGGGUCUUCUGUGCCCCAGUAACAUUUUCUGCAACAAAACUCUGAAAGCCAUUGAACUACUUAAUAUGAUUUGCUGAGAUUGUAGAUGAUCAUCAUAAAGUAGAGAUUGAGAAGUGGAAAGAAAUCAAGACAUUUUUUUAAUUAAUACUAAUACAAAUGUGAAAAGUGUCAUGUGGCUCCUUGC